CCCUCUAAAGAACAGCAAUGAAACCGAAAGGAUUGUUUCUUUUUAUCAACUCUUCAACAAACGCGUGCAAUGGCGUGUUUCUAUAUAAAGUUUGACCACUUACACGUGAGCCAUGGAGCUUCAGCUGUGUUAAACAGUGAACUCUCACGAAAUGAACUUUGCACUGUGGUGGUUUUUGUGGACAUUUUUCUGCCGUCGUUGUGACCGCACCGCUCGGGCAUUACCUGAGAUGGACAUUAUUGAGCUCCAUGUUUCGGUUCGUCUGCCAGGGCUCCCGGAAAGUGAGAUUCGUGCUGUAGCCACAAGGCUGCUUGACCUUGGUGUGGAAACACCUGAAGAUUUCAAGUUCGUACAUGAGCAGGACCUGCAGGGAGUAUUACGACCAAUACAAGCGCGAAGGUUUUUGUCUGCAGUUAAAACAUCAGGACAUGCAGGAGUAAGUUUUUCAAUUUUUUCAUUUCACCUUCGUUGCUUUUCGUUCCUUCUCCCAGUUUUUACGCCGUUUUUGUGUUGAGAAAUGCAUGAUUUGCUCAAUGCACCAGCUGACUUCUUUGUCUAUUCUGUUCUUUAUGGGGAAGGGGAGGUUAGCUAUCCUGGAGGAGGCUUGCUAUCCAAAAUUUACUUCUGGCGGCUUUGGUAAUGUUGAAAGUAUCGUGGCUAUGAAGGCAUAUUACAUAGGAUGUAGAACAAUGGGAUCGACUGUUGUGGAGAGUUACCUGAUCAUUUUCCUCUCUUGUGCAGAUGACAACUCUGUGCAUCAGCACGAAUCUCCUACCAACAGUACACAGUCAUCUCUAUCAUCGUCUGCUCCUCUUGUUGAGGAGGAGCGACCGCAUGUCUUCUCAGUUCCUCCCCAAAGAAGCGAGUCAACGGCUUCAUCUUCCAACACUGACCCCAACUGGGCAUCCAAAUUCCAAGUACCUUGGAAAAGCAUGCCUCCAGCUCUGACAAAAGCGUUGAGCAAGAAGGAACGACCCACUAGCAAGCUGAGGCGAGAAAUGGUCCGCAUAAUAAUUGACCACGCAAUGAAGACCUGUGACCGUCCUUUGCGAAAGCAUUUAGCAAUAAUUUCUCGAGAGAUUGUGUCUCAGUACCCGUCCUCCUUCCAAGACUCUUUUGAGGGCACAGUGGUGGGCACCGGGUAUGAUUCUCUUUUGAAUCAACUUGUCUUCAGAACAGAAAACUGUAUCCGUUCAAGUCGGAACUGUGGCACUUUUCGAGCAGGAGGACUUCAUAGGGAUUCCAGUAGGUAUGGUUGCACCAGUCGACAGUCAGAUGACAUCGACGAAGAAGUCAUGACAGAGAAGAAAGAAUCUUUGAAAUCUUUGUUUGUAUCAAAAGAAGGCCAACGAGACAUUGUAGUUGAGGAAAUGAAACUGACCUACCCGUUGCAAAGGAAAAUGGUCAAUUCCAGUAUGACAACACGUGAACUACUGAAAGAGUGGCCAUAUCUUUUUGAGUCUGAUGGGCUGUUCGUUCACUUCAAAGAACUCGUUGGGGUUGAUGUCGCCCAAGUCCUCCCAACGGCGUUCAGGGAAAAAGGGAACAACGUUAUAAAGUUUGCAAAGCAAGACAGCGAAAUAACGGACACAGUCACCGAAAUUUUUGAAGCGUUGGAAAAAGCACCAGGAUCAGAGCCACAAAAUGAGGCAGUUGCAGUGACACUUCUUCUCCUGCACUUCCUGAAAGAACCUCAAGAUGCUGUCAUUCUGGCUCGUGAGGAAUUCUCCACAGUACGUGAUAUUGAGAACUCGUUGCUUCCAGUCACGCCUCGGAUUAUUGCGCUCGGUGAUUCGCCAUGGGCAGACUCCUUCAUGAUAACUGUAGACCACACAGUUGUUGUAGACCACGUGCCACAUUUUAUAACUGCAGUUGGUGUCUGGUUCUCACUGCACUAUGUUCUUAACCUGGUAUAUGCUGAGGAGAGCCAAGCAUUUGCUGAAUUCCUCCAAAGGACAUUUCUUGGCAUAAAUCCCGAUAGAGGCUCUAGGGCACAAAAGCGUCAAAAAACACCCGUCAACAAAAAAGUGCUCCGUCUAGUAGACAAGCUUUCAACCUUCGAAUGGAACGUAUAGGGUUCCAAGAUGUACGUGAACUACUACAGCCGACCUUACGUCAACAAGUCAUGGGUGCACAUGUUCCUUGUUAUGAUGUUCAUUUGGCAAACGAAACAAAACAAAAACGUGUUUUAAUGUCAGAGCUUGACUGAUGGUUGCACAUGGCACCUUCUUACGUUCUUUUGAAAAAUAAAACUUGUUUGGAUGUCAGAGCUUGACUGAUGGUUGCACAUGGCACCUUCUUAUCUUCUUCUUUUGAAAAAUAAAACUUGUUUGGAUGUCAGAGCUUGACUGAUGGUUGCACAUGGCACCUUCUUAUGUUCUUCUUUUGAAAAAUAAAACUUGUUUAGAUGUCAGAGCUUGAUUGAUGGGUGAACAUGGCUCCUUCUUGUGCUCUUCUUUUGAAAAAUAAAACUUGUUUAGAUGUCAGAGCUUGAUUGAUGGGUGAACAUGGCUCCUCCUUGUGCUCUUCUUUUGAAACAUAAAAUGGGUUUUGAUGCCACAGGUGAUUGGCC